AUGAACACAUCACCUCAAUUCUCCACUCCCCUUCGUCCUAUCCUACUCCCACCACGUCCAUUCCUCCUAAGUCCAUCGAUCGAAAAAACCUCAAAAAACCUCUCCCUCCCACUUCCCUCAGACCCCCUUUCUAUACCUUCUCAAUCCUUAGCUCCCUCACCCAUACUCACCGCCCAAAAACCUAGAGCACCCGCACGAUAUCUCGGACUUAGCAUCCAUCCCACUCCAUUGACCAUCCAACAAUUCCUUGGAUUACAAAGUCCACCUACCACACCAAUACGUCAUCAAUACACUACCAUCAGUAUUCAUCCUGAUUCACUCACACCUAAUACCGUCAGGAAAUAUUUAGGUUUAAACCCACUCGCUCAACCCGGUUUCUUAUUACCUCCUCCUGCUCAUGCAGAUUGGCAAGUCAAGAGAUUACGGCAUGGUAAACGUUCCAUUAUCAUUUUAGCAAUGGUAAUCUUCGUAGUGAUGGUUUGUUCUUUUCCUUAUUCUUACACUCCCAUCACGGAGAAAAGUAUAGAUAGAACGGUAUGGAUGAGAUCAGAAUAUGUUCCUAAAUUACGAUUGCAUGGUCUGGGGAAGAGGGACAUGUCUCUGAAAGAUGUCAGAUUGGGAGAUGGGAAGGAUACGUCAAUAGGAAUUAUCAGAUUGGAUGAUGGAACGGUUGCAAAACAAGUCGGAAAGGUGGAACAUGUUUCUAAACAAGCGGGGAAGGAGUAUGAGGUGGAGAAGAGAUACCAAGAAUCGCUUAAGUCUUCGUCCCUCAUAGCCAGAGGGGAGAUACUACUCGGCGACUUGCGCGAACAGGUCAUUAGGAGGAGCAUGGGUGACGGGUCGAAGAUGGUUAAGGAGGUACAGAGUGGGUAUGUGUACAAGAGGGAUAUGGACGAUAUGGAUGUGGAAAAAUUGCGUGUGAGGAAGGAAAAGAGUGGGAUGGCUUUAGCGGGAGUGGCGCAAGUCGUCAGGGGUCAUUAA